CUGUCCACAGAAUCAUCUGUGAGCUGCGCUCUCUAAGGAGCUUUGUUACUAGCUGUUCCCUGACAAAGGGCUUGUUCUGUGCAGCACAUCUCGUCCUCUUUGUUCGGUCUCUGGCUUCAAACACUGAAUCACAAAUAUUCUCCAGCUGGGAAUCAGACAAAGCAAGAGAUGAAGAACCCAGAAGCCCAACAGGAUGUUUCCCUUUCCCAGGGAAUUCGCAUGAUGUUUUACGUGAUGAGGCCCAAUGAAACAUCAUUCCAAACCCUUGAAGAAGUGCCUGAUUAUGUUAAAAAGGCAACACCAUUUUUCAUUUCCUUAAUGCUGCUUGAACUGGUUGUCAGUUGGAUUCGCAAAGGAAAGCCAUCAGGUCGUUUAGAUGAUGCAUUAACAUCAAUAUCAGCUGGUGUUUUUUCUCGGAUUCCAAGCUUGUUUUCUAGGAGCAUUGAACUGACCACUUACAUCUAUGUCUGGGAUAACUAUAGACUUAUGGUUUUGCCCUGGGAUUCUCCAUGGACUUGGUAUUUAACCUUUUUAGGAGUUGACCUUGGCUACUAUUGGUUUCAUCGCAUGGCCCAUGAGGUUAAUAUUAUGUGGGCUGGACACCAAACACAUCACAGUUCUGAAGAUUAUAACUUAUCAACAGCGCUGAGGCAAUCUGUAAUACAAGUCUAUACUUCCUGGAUAUUCUAUAUACCGCUGGCCCUCUUCAUACCACCAUCUGUAUAUGCUGUUCAUAUUCAGUUCAAUCUCCUCUAUCAAUUUUGGAUACACACAGAGGUUAUUGAUAAUCUUGGUCCUUUGGAACUGAUUCUUAAUACUCCUAGCCAUCAUAGGGUUCAUCAUGGUAGAAAUCGUUACUGCAUAGACAAAAAUUAUGCUGGCACUCUUAUUAUAUGGGAUAAAAUAUUUGGGACAUUUGAGGCAGAAAAUGAAAAAGUUAUCUAUGGCCUAACACAUCCCAUUAAUACAUUUGAACCAUUCAAGGUUCAGUUCCACCAUUUAAUCUACAUAUGGAAUACAUUCUGGGCUACUCCUGGAUUCUUCAAUAAGUUUUCUGUCAUAUUUAAAGGACCAGGAUGGGGUCCAGGUAAACCAAGACUUGGACUAAAUGAAGAAAUACCAGAGGUAACAGGGAAAGAAGUUCCCUUCUCAUCUCCAGCAUCUCAGCUACUAAAGAUAUAUGCAGUUGUGCAGUUUGCUGUGAUGCUUACAUUUUAUGAAGACACCUUUGCAGACACUGCACUGUCACAGAUCACCAUCUUUCUGCGAGUUUGUUUUAUUAUACUGACCUUGACCUCCAUUGGAUUUCUUUUGGAUGAAAGGCCUAAGGGAGCUGUCAUGGAAACUUUCCGCUGCUUGGUGUUCCUGAUGUUGUGUAAAUCUGGUCACCUGAAGCCUCUCAUUUCCUCCUUGUCCUCUGCCUUUGAGAUGUUUUUUUCCAUCUGUAUUGCUUUCUGGGGAGUAAAGAGCGUGAAGCAGCUUGUCUCCGGUUCUUGAAAAUAACUUGUUUGUGCAUAAAUCCUUUGUUUCAAUCAGUUGUUCACAAUCUCAGUGCAUUACUACUGCCCAUGGAAAUAUAACCAUUAUCUGGAAAGAUUAUAUAAAACAGUUUCGAAUGAAAGUCUCAUACUUAUUUACUCUUGCUUGCUUCUAAGUUAUUUUCUGUUAACAUUUUAAAAAAUAAGCUACAUUCUUUUUAUUAUGACUGAUGAAAAAAUUAUUUCAAAUAUGAUGAUGAAUUUUACUGCUAAAUCAAUGAGAAUAAAAUAGGAAGGGAAAAUUUUUAAAAAGUGAAGAAUUUAUUUGCAUUGAUCUGACAAAUUUUUCUCUGCUGUUUGAGAAAACUAUGCUAUGCUACAAUUUGUCAAAUAAAAUAAAUAAUAUUAGAUGUCUUCCUAAGGCUAUUUUUACCUUAUAAAAACUAAUUAUGUAAGAAACUGCAAUAGAGAAAAAGAUAUCACUGAAAUUAAAAUGAAUAGAACUUGUCAGAAUUUAUUUAUUCAGCAGUUUAAUUUGUGAUACAUAUUUAAUAAGUUUUCCCAAUUUGUUUUGGUGAUUAAGUAGCAUGCAGUAAUACUCUGUUUUAUUUUCAAUUGUCACAAUAAUAUCAAUAAAAAUCUAAAAUUUUGCUAGA